CAUUGUGGGGCAAGGCGAGGCGGGGCGCCGCGGGAGCAAUACUGAGACGCCAUUUUCGGCGGCGGGAGCGGCGCGGGCGGUCGAGCGGGACGGGCUGGGUCGGCGGGGCUGCGCCUGGCGACCAAAGGGACAGCGCGCGGGCAGUCGAGGAUGCUGCGGGGCGGCUGCACCGGCGCCCCUCGCUAGUGACCGCCGUUCCGCGCCUCAGGCGGCCGAGGCGGGCUCUGCGCGCAGCAGCUCUCCGCGCACGCGCCCGGCGGCGCUCCUGGUGCUGACAGCGCGAGAGAGCGCGGCCCUCCGGAGCUGGACGAAUGUAUGACAACAUGUCCACAAUGGUGUACAUAAAGGAAGACAAGUUGGAGAAGCUUACGCAGGAUGAAAUUAUUUCUAAGACAAAGCAAGUAAUUCAGGGGCUGGAGGCUUUGAAGAAUGAGCACAAUUCCAUUUUACAAAGUUUACUGGAGACACUGAAGUGUUUGAAGAAAGAUGAUGAAAGUAACCUGGUGGAGGAGAAAUCAAACAUGAUCCGGAAGUCACUGGAGAUGUUGGAGCUUGGCCUGAGUGAGGCACAGGUUAUGAUGGCUUUGUCCAACCACCUGAAUGCUGUGGAGUCUGAGAAACAGAAACUGCGUGCACAGGUUCGUCGUUUGUGCCAGGAGAAUCAGUGGCUACGGGAUGAACUGGCCAACACGCAGCAGAAACUGCAGAAGAGUGAGCAGUCUGUGGCUCAACUGGAGGAGGAGAAGAAGCAUCUGGAGUUUAUGAAUCAGCUCAAAAAAUACGAUGAUGACAUUUCCCCAUCUGAGGACAAAGACACUGAUUCUACCAAAGAGCCUCUGGAUGACCUUUUCCCCAACGAUGAAGACGACCCAGGGCAAGGAAUCCAGCAGCAGCACAGCAGUGCAGCUGCGGCUGCCCAGCAGGGCGGCUACGAGAUUCCUGCGCGGCUGCGUACGCUCCACAACCUGGUGAUCCAGUAUGCCUCACAGGGGCGCUACGAGGUAGCCGUGCCCCUCUGCAAGCAGGCCCUGGAGGACCUGGAGAAGACUUCAGGACACGACCACCCGGACGUGGCCACCAUGCUCAACAUCCUGGCCUUGGUGUACAGGGAUCAGAAUAAAUACAAAGAUGCAGCUAACCUACUGAAUGAUGCCUUGGCUAUCCGUGAGAAAACUUUGGGCAAAGAUCAUCCUGCGGUGGCAGCGACUUUGAAUAACCUUGCAGUCCUUUAUGGAAAAAGAGGGAAGUACAAAGAAGCAGAGCCAUUGUGUAAAAGAGCUCUGGAAAUCCGAGAAAAGGUUUUGGGGAAGGAUCACCCCGAUGUUGCCAAGCAGUUAAAUAACUUGGCCUUACUGUGCCAGAACCAGGGCAAGUAUGAAGAAGUAGAAUAUUAUUAUCAAAGAGCCCUUGAGAUCUACCAGACAAAACUGGGACCUGAUGACCCCAACGUGGCUAAGACGAAAAAUAACCUGGCAUCCUGCUAUCUGAAGCAAGGAAAGUUCAAGCAGGCAGAAACACUGUACAAAGAAAUUCUCACUCGUGCACAUGAAAGGGAGUUUGGUUCUGUAGAUGAUGAAAAUAAACCCAUUUGGAUGCAUGCUGAAGAAAGAGAAGAAUGCAAAGGAAAGCAAAAGGAUGGGACAUCUUUUGGAGAGUAUGGCGGCUGGUACAAAGCCUGCAAAGUUGAUAGUCCAACUGUUACAACCACUCUAAAAAACCUUGGGGCACUUUAUAGACGUCAAGGCAAAUUUGAAGCUGCAGAAACAUUAGAAGAAGCUGCCAUGAGGUCUCGUAAACAGGGUCUUGACAAUGUUCACAAACAGAGGGUGGCGGAAGUGCUCAAUGACCCUGAAAACAUGGAGAAGCGCAGGAGCCGCGAGAGCCUCAAUGUGGACGUGGUCAAGUACGAGAGUGGCCCUGACGGAGGGGAGGAAGUGAGUAUGAGCGUAGAGUGGAACGGGAUGAGAAAAAUGAAGCUCGGGCUGGUUAAAUGACUUGCUCAGCGUCCCAUGGUGAGUCCGAGCGGGCGGGGCGCAGGCCCUGCUGUCUGUUGCCUCUGUCGAGACGUCGGCUUUCCAAUCUGGCAGGACCCAGGAUACAGUGCUGCCUGUGGAAUUCGUUUUCUUUUGGAUUAUCAACUGCAUGUUUAAAAUGUGCUGGAGACUUUUAAAGUCUGUGGUUUCCUAAAGUUUCUGAAAUGUCUACAACGUGCUUUUAAGAGAAUGAAAGUCAUACCGUAUUGUAGCCUUUAUUUUGGUCCCUAUGUUUUUCAUUGCAUAAUCUCCUUACAUACAGUUACUUGUAAAGCCUUUUACGCUAAGUGUCAAGGAAAUUUCCAACACAUUGCUAUCUUUAAAGUGUUGAAAUUUACUUUGGUGACCAUUGGGAAUGGACCAGUCUGGAUUCUGUGAAAUGCACCCCGAGGCCCGGCACCUGCUUUCUGCUGGGCUGGUAGAAGCAGGCAGAAGGUCAUCCCAGUCCUAAAGCCACUCAGAAGGCUGCUGAGACUUGUGACCUAGAAAUACUGUAAGCCAGGCUGUGUUUUGCAGGGCCUGUUGCCUUUCCUCGCCGCGGUUUCACGUGGGUUUUCUCUCUCCUUUCUGUCUGACAGGCCUAGCCGCCCGUGACUCUCACUGUCUCCUGCAUGCGGGCGGCGCCCCCCGCGGCUUCCCUUCUCCCUCCAGUGCUGCCCGCCGUGUCUGGCGGCCCCUAGGAUCUUGUCAGAGCUGCACCUCUCUGUGACUGGCCAUUCCUUUCGGGGCUGCUGUCCUUUUUGGGGGGUUCCUGAUUUCUGUAUACAUGUAGCUUUGCCAGAUAUGUACUUAGUAAUAUAAAUUGUAUUAAUAAAAUCCAUUUACUGUGUAAUACAUGACUUUAAAAAUUAAGAGCGAUAGCUGUUCACUCUGAUAACAGGAAGUUAAGUGUCACACAAGGUGUUGUUGCAAUGGCAUGACGGUGACCUGUUGACGUAAUUAAGCCUUAGAGCAAGGCAUGUGCCGCACGUGCUCCGUGGUCUCCCUAGGAUACGCCCCAGUAGCAUUUGCUGUGUAGUCUGUGUGUGAAAUUUGGGCAUUCUGCUUUUCUCUACUAAUCUUGAAGUGCUCAGUGAUUUGUGUAUUUGUGUCUUUCUAACUUCUAAUAAACUCACUCCGACUGA